AUGGAGCAGGAGGCAAUUCGAGCAGAUUGGGGACGAGUUGCUGCUGCUGAGGCUGCUGCAUGUUUCCGUUGCUGCAGCAAGCUGCAGCUGCAGCAGCUGCAGCACAUUGCUGCUUCAGCAGAUUUGGCUGCAGUCCCAGGGUGUUGCUGCAUCGCGAGCAAGGAGGCGGAGGCGACGCCCGGCAGCAGCUGCAAUCGGAGCAGCAGCAAUCGGAGCAGGAGCAACAGCAGAAGCAGCAGCAGGUUGAAGCGCAGUGAAGGGGGUUUUGCUGCAGCACUAAAGGAAGACCAGCAGCGCCCAGCUGUUCGCUUCCACGACGAUGACUGUGCUCAGCAGCAGCAACAGCAGCAGCAGCAGCAACAGCAGCAGCAGCAGCAAGACCAUUCGUACGCGCAAGGGCAUUCGGCUGACUCUUCUGAAACGUUGCGGUGCAGCGGUUGCAACAGCAGCAGCAAUAGCAGCGAGUGUAGUAGUUGCAGCAGCUGCAGCAGCUGCAGCUGCUGCUUCAGCAGCAGCGACAGAAUCGAUCAGCGCCCACCAGCAAACGAAGGCCAGACAGCUGAGCUGCAGCACCCCGGGAUGCUGCACCACGAGGAGGUUGAGGCUAUACUGUUGGCUCAGCAGCAGCAGUUGCUGCAGCAGCAGCAGCAACUGAAAAACCAGCUUUUGCAGGAGCAGCAGCAGCAGCAGCUGAGGCAGCAGCACCCGCUGCUGCAUCCAGGAGAUCCAACGACUGCUCCCGCCGCUUCAUCAACGAACGACAGCAGCGGAGAGGGUUCUGCUGCAGCAGCAAAUGAUGCAGCAGUGGCUAUAGCAGCAAAAGAAGGUGUUUGUUUUGCUGCAGCACCGCAUAGAGAUCUCCUAAGCGCUUCAACAACCACCAGGUCAUCAGUGAUGCAGCAAGAGCACGAGCUCGAGCAGCAGCAGCAGCAGCAGCAGCAGGAUGCGGAUUUGUGGGUCAAAGGCCAGCAGCACGCUCAGAUGGCGCUGCAGCAGCUGCAACAAGUGCAGCAGCAGCUGCAGGCAAUAGAGGAGCAGCAAACUAUCCUUGCACGAAAAGCCCUUCGGAAUCACUCAAUGGAAUCAGCAAGUACGUUGCAGCAGCAGCAGCAGCCGCAGGAACAGCAACAGCAGCAGCAGCAGCUUCGGGGUGGAGCAGGAGGCUCCUCGCAGCAACAGAUACCCACAAGAGACGGCUCAUGCAGCGAUUCGCCGCUGCAGGAUUCUGCAUUAGGACAGCAGCAACAACAGCAACAGCAGCAGCAGCAGCAGCAGCAGCGGCAUUUUUCAUGGUGGCCCGCAGGUCCUUGGAAUGAAACAACUUCGUCUCCCAUGGGCAUAUCGAGAGCAGAUUUGUCGUACUGGCUUUCAUCUCAGAAGCAGCAGCAGCAGCAGCAGCAACAGCAGCAGCAGCAGCAGCAGCACCAGCGGCACUUGAGCAGCAGCAUCCCCGACUUGGGCAGCAGGUUGUGGCUGCUGGGUUCUGGGGAGGAGCUGCAGCAGCAGCAGCAGCAGCAGCAAGCAGACCCUUCCAGCAGCGGGAGAAGCAGCAGCAUGCAGACACUUGCAGGGAAAGACAGCUUUUCUGCAGCAUUUGCUUCUCUUGGUUCUUUUGUUGAGAGUUUAGGGUGGAACUUGACUGGUGCAACCGCAGCAGCAGCACCUGCUGCUGCUGCAGGCGCUGCAGGCGCUGCUGCUGCUGCUGCACCAAUACCUGCAGCAGACACCGCUGUUGCGGCAACUCCUGCUGCUUCUGUUGCUACUGACCAGCAGCAGCAGCAGCAGCACCCAUCACAGGAAGCAGAGGCUGCAGAUGCAGAGUUUAGGCCCGUCCCUCAAUAA